AUGGCGCUCAGCUCCACAGAGGAGUUCCUCUCCAGCCUCGAUCACUAUGAAAUUGCAUUCCCCAUCCAAGUGGACCAAAACGGGGACUUCCUCACCUUUGACGUGAGAAGCCAGCUGAAGCAACGUCCUCGGCGCAGUCUGGGCUCCUUGCCCUACGAGCCAUCUGAGCAGCAGGUUUUCUACAAAGUCUCUGCCCACCGAACCCAGUUCCUCCUCAACCUAACACUGCACUCCAACCUGCUGGCUGAGCACUUCACUGUCGAAUACUGGAAGCGAGAUGGCGUGGACUGGCAACAUGAUUUCCACGAAGACUGCCACUAUGCAGGCCACUUGCAGGAUCAGUACCUGAACUCAAAGGUCGCCAUCAGCAACUGCAAUGGACUGCAUGGGGUGAUCGUUGCAGAUGAGGAGGAAUAUUUCAUUGAACCGCUGAGCCCAGGAGCCAAUGUCAGCACAGGGAGCGAGGGCAAGGGCAGCCCCCACGUCGUGUACAAGCGAUCGUCUCUCCAGUACCCACACAUGGAUGCAGCCUGCGGCGUGCUAGAUGAAAAGCCCUGGAAAGGGAGACACUGGUGGCUGCGGACGCUGAAGCCCUCACCUCUGAAGCCGUCGGGCAACCACAGCCAGCGAGGCCAGCUGCCCCUGAAGAGAUCCGUCAGCACGGAGCGCUAUGUGGAGACCCUGGUGGUGGCUGACAAAAUGAUGGUGGGGUACCAUGGGCGGCGGGACAUAGAGCAGUACAUCCUGGCCAUCAUGAAUAUUGUCAGGUUGCCAAACUUUUCCAGGACUCAAGUCUGGGCAAUAUUGUCAAUAUACUGGUGACCCGGCUGAUUCUCCUCACUGAGGAUCAGCCCACACUGGAGAUUAACCACCAUGCCGGGAAAUCCCUGGACAGCUUCUGCAAGUGGCAGAAAUCCAUUGUGAACAGGAAUGGCAAUGGGAAUGCUAUCCCCGAGAAUGGCAUAGCCAACCACGACACUGCAGUGCUGAUCAC